AUCUUUUUCUUUCAAUCGGGCGGACUUGUAAGCCCAUGGGCCUUGAUGCGCCUUGUAAAGUUGGAUGCUCUCGCUGUAGCUCUCGGCUCUGCCUCCACCACCUUAAAUGAUUAACCUCAAACACGCGAUUCAUUCAUAUUUCCCAGAUGCCACGGAACCACUAUGAUGGCUCCCUAAUUAAUCAAAGCCUGUGCAGCAGCACCACUCACAGCUGCGGCCCGCACGCCCAUGCUGUCGUCAGUGGUCCCCUAUUGCACCGUGCACCGGCUGCGUGCCGCCGGCAGUGUGCAGUGCGCGCGGCACGGUCGGCAGGACCGUCCCAUGACCUCGGGGUCGGCCCGUUCACCGAUGCCGGAUCAGGCGUGGCACCCAUGUCCGCCGCUCGCCGCCGUAUAAAGGGCUGCCGACCGGGGCCCGUCGAGCAGUCUGCCGAGAUCGCCGGUUCAGGUGCUUCCCGUUGUCCGACUUCGCCGGCCCAUCGACCCCGACUCACACCAUGAUGAUCAAGGCGGUGCUCCUUCUGGCGCUGGUCGCCGUCUCGCAGGCCUUCUUCUUCCGUCUGGGAGGCGGCCGGAAACACCACGGCCACGGCUACGGGCACGGCUACCACCACCAGCCGAGCUACGGGCACGGCUACCACCAGCCCAGCUACGGCUACCAGCCCAGCUACGACUACGGUCACGGCGGCGGCUUCAGCGACUACAGCGACUACUAUGACGACGGCUAUAACUCGUACGGAUACCACUAGUGCUGCGCCCACUCGCGACGGGGCGGGUCGGUGCGUGACGCUCUCUUGUUGCCCUGGUUAUCAGAACAGGGUCGUUCACUCACAUACAUCCUGUGUAUGCAGUUUGUGACCUGUAUAUGCUCAUUUGUCUAGAAACGACGACUGCGGGCAACGCUCAAGUGUCGUUAUUCGUCACUGCGAAUCAAAUAUCGUCGCGUUCUAUUGCCUACCAUGUCUUCCCGUUGCCAAGAGUACGCUGGUGUGAUAUUCAUUCUAGAUUUAUCCCGUGCGAAAGUAGUCAGACGCCUCUAUGUGUGCACAUGAAUCGCCAUGCACUUUGACGGCCUUGAUCAAUGAUCAUGUUUCUCCAAAGUGGCCCUAUCUUGUCAAAUGGUAUCUGCUUUAGAUAAGCGUCACCAUCAAUGACUCAUCAGCUUGCACGAAUCAUCGGCUUGCAUGCAUGUUUCAAAUGCAUACACUAUUUAUCAUAAUAUAUGCAUAUGUUCGCUAAA